UAAAUACGGCAGAUACAAUCUCACUGCUGAUCACACACAUUCUGUCAUAGACGUCAGGUUUGUAUGUUCGCGUGAACUAGUUAGUGCGCGUGCCGUGGGUUGUAUGAAACCCUAACUUCACCACCUGCUGACCAGCUGCUGCUGUUUGUGUGUCAUGACGCUGACGUCCAGAGGUGCAGGAGCUUCAUUCACGUGUUUGACUCUGAUGUCUCUUCUGUUGCUGUGUUGCAACCGCACGGUCGGUGUUCUUCAGCCAAAGUCAGCUUUAACUGUGGUGGAGAAAGAGGAGGCAGGAGGUGGUGAUGAAGAUGAGGCUUCGAUUGAAGACUUGGAUGUGGUCCAGCCCAGUGAGGAGUGGCAGACACUUGGACAAGGUCAGGCGGUGCCCUCGGGUUCUCACGUGAGGCUCAACCUUCGGACUGGCCAGAGGGAGGUCAAACUGGGAGAAGAGCAGUUUAAAUACUGGACACACACACACAGACAAAAGAGACGUCCAUAGUCCUCCUUCAGUGCCGAUGAGCUCAAACAGGGCAUGAAGAUAAAGGAAGACCUGAACGCUGGCAAGGAAAGACUCAGACAGCAGGACUCUGUGACUUCCAAGUAUCGCCCCCUGGACGAGUUGAAGAGGGACAUGGCACAGCUGGAUCUGUUAGUAGAGACGGAUGCUCAGAUAAUGAGGCGCCUGCUGGACCAGUUCAACAGCACAAACUCUACAAUGGAGCUCAGACUGACCAUCCUACAGGAGCUGGAGUAUCUGGUUCAUCAGGUUGAUAAUGCUCAGAUGUUGUGCUCAAUGGGUGGCCUUCAGAUCAUUCUACAAGGUCUGAACAGUUCAGACUCCAGACUACAGGAAAGCUGUGCUUUUGUUCUGGGAUCUGCUUUGGCCAGUAACCCAGUGGUUCAGGUGAAAGCUGUGGAAGGUGGCGCUCUUCACAUGCUGCUCCCCACGCUGGCCACUGCACCGUCUGCUGCUGUCAAAAAGAAGGUUCUGUUUGCGCUGGCGUCACUUCUGCGUCACUUCCCCUACGCACAGCAUCAUUUCCUGUCUCGUGGCGGGCUGCAGGUCCUGUCAGAGCUUUUCAGAGCAGACAGGGGUGGAGCUCUGCGAACACGCAUCGUCACCAUGCUGUACGACAUGAUGGUUGAGAAGGACCUCGUCUCUCAGGCAAGUCUGGAUCCAGGGCUGGACACCUCAUACGAAGAGCGUCAGUACUCCAAGGUCUCUCUGCAGAUGGCGGUGCUAGAGGAGGGUUGGUGCAGUCUGGUACCACAGAUGCUAGAGUCCACUGAGCACGACUACAGAGAGAAGGCUCUGCGUGCUCUGUUGGUGAUGGUUCCAGUGUGUUUGGAUCAGUACCGUUCAGACCGCUCCCUGCUGGGCUCUCUGCUCUCUCUGAGAGACCAGUACCAGGAGAAGAUCCACACAGAAAGCCUUCUGGGAAAGGACAACAGCUACUUUGUGGAGAUGGUGGAACUCAUAGAUGCGCUGCAUUUCAAAGUGAAGUGACAGAACAUUGAAAUGUGAACGGACUGCUCUGUGCGCAUAAUGACUGAGGACGCUUCUGUGCACAUCAGGUCAAGGACACGAGAACCAUGCAGACAUACGGCCCCUUGGUAUUUCACAUAUUUUAAUUUGUUUGACAUUUCAAAUACACAAAGUAAAUCAUGCUUCUCAGUAUAAAAAAAAUUAUAAAAUUAUCUUCCUUAAACUCAAACUGAAAGCAAAUCUCUA